UGUGUCAGUGACGAGAAGGCGAAAAGGGAACGAAAAAGUCCCAUCUGAAAAACGAAACACCUUCCAUGUCUGUUCUAGAAAGCAGUGAAAUGUAGUGUAUUUUUUCGGUUGAAAAACGAUUCGAAUCGAUCGGAAACUAUUGUAGGUUUUUGAGUGCGGGUUCGCGGAAUCGAUUGAUAGUGAAAUUUGUACGGAUCGCAGCGUAUUUGCAGUGCAAAAAGUGUUGUGAAAAUUUGCAGCCCCAGCACGUACGCAAGUAUUUUUUUGCUGGUUGGCUCUGUCUGCUUAGCGAGCCAUGAAUGGCUGCUACUGCUUACAUCGGACUUGAACUGGUGAUUGAUGGAAAAAGGGAGAUCCCAAUUUUAGCGCAGAAUCAAGGUUCCAUUACCGAAACGCAUUUUUACUAAAGGAAAUCUAUAAAGACCAAAAAUCGAGACAUCACAGCACUGCCUGUGAGGACUGAAGGACAAUAGAGAAAAACAAUCCUAUCUCGUGAAAGAAUUCACGAAACCACGAACAGCACUUUCCGGAACCGGCAGUGAAAGUUUAAACCCCCAUCACCAGUGCAGUAGAGAAUGGGCAAGAGACAUGCGGCGGAUAGCGAAAAUCAAUUUGAAACCCCUCAGAAGCGACAGAAGGUGGCUUCGCAUGCGGUGUCGUUUGCGGAAACCCCGACCAGCAGUCCCGCUCUGAAUGUGAGCUUCACACUGACCCGGGAGUUCGUGGACGGUACCAUUUUGACUGAUUUGACACUAAAAGACUGGCGGAUCGGAAAGCCGAUUGGCAAGGGUAGCUUUGGGGAGAUCUUCCUGGCGUCGGAUGACGUGUUCAAGCCGGUUACCAGUCAGAAUGCGAAGUACGUAGUUAAAAUCGAACCCCAUUCGAACGGGCCACUGUUUGUGGAGAUUCAUGCCCUGCUCAAUACCGCCAAGGCGUCAGAUUCGAAUGUUAUUCCACCCGGUAUGCCGGAGUACAUUGCUUCCGGUUCGCAUUACUUCAAAAAUGAACGUUACCGUUUUCUGAUACUGAAACGCUACCAGCGCGAUCUGCACUCCCUCAUCAAAAACAGACGAAUCGAUCCGAAGAGCGUCCCGGUCAUUGCUUGUCAGAUUUUGGAUGUACUGGAACAUCUACACGACAAGGGUUACGUACAUUCGGAUAUAAAAGCGGAGAAUUUGAUGCUCGGAAAGGUGCCCAUUUCUCAGCUGGUCCAUUUGAAAAGUACGAAACUACUCGCGAGCGGGAAAAAAGCGUUGAAACACAAGACUGCUACCAGCAAUGGAUACAAUGGACUGACCUCAACACCGACGGUGAUGACGAAAAAAUUCAUCGGAGGCGUGGAAUUCAGCGGCUCGAAUCCGGUGCGAUCGUGUCGGGGAAAUGGCACUGCGGAAUCCGAAACCUACCAGGAUAUGAUCAAAUCGCACUAUUUGCGUCCGUUGAAGAACAUCGUCUAUCGGGACGAUAGCGACGAAGAGGACACGAAAAACGGCAAGAAGAAGGGCCGGCGAAGAAAGGACGGUGACACCAGCAAAUCGUUCUUCUACAAGGUGACGACCAAAAACGUUAGCGAAAACUACAAGCAAAUUGACGUGCAGAUCAGUCGCAAUGGGGCGGUCCUCAGCAGCAAUGGGACCUGUGAAGCGAAGGUGGAAAAUGGGAAAGGUAAACGAAGCGCUCAACCGGGGACUCCUUCGACUGCCUCGGAGCCGCAGGAGGAACGCAUUCAUUUGAUUGAUUUCGGGCUGGCAUCGAAAUUUGUUGACUCCACCGGGCAGCACAGACCGUUCUGUAUGGAUCAACGCCGUGCCCAUGACGGUACGCUGGAGUUCACUUCGCGUGAUGCGCACAUGGGAGCGCAUGCCAGACGCAGUGAUUUGGAAUGUUUGGGUUACAACCUUAUCUUCUGGAGCCGUGGUUUUCUGCCGUGGAAGGACGAAAAACUGCUCAAUCAACCGGAACAGGUGCAUCGUAUGAAAGAGUACUUCAUGACCGACGUACGCGAAAUGUUGAAGAUGAUCUACGGCGAGGAGUGUCCCAAAUAUUUGGGAGAAUUUCUGCACUACGUGGGUGGUUUGACGUACGACGAGCGACCGGACUACGAUUAUCUGCGGGAUCUGUUCUAUCAGGAACUUCGUCGUCUGGGUUGUAAACCAAAGUCACACCUCAAACUGAAGGUGGAUGACAUCAUUAAGCACAGUCAACCGCUGACCGCCCAUGACGAAGCCGAAAUCACCAACAAAAUCAACCAUGUGAAAUCGUUGAUGAAGAUGGGUGUGCUGCCGUACCGGGAAAGCACGUUGCACAACAAGACAACUUCGCCGAAGAAUUUGCGCUCCAAACGUGACAGCACUAGAACGCCAGCGAACGGUGGCAAGACGGCGAACGGACAGAAAAAUGGAUCCGCUCUUGUUGGCAAUAAUGGCAAGGAAAGUUGUAAAAAGGAGAAAAAGUUCUCGUGGUCGGAAAUUUUAAGCACCGAUCCGGAUCAGAUUGCUCGCGAACGAGCCGAAAAGGAAUUCGAACGGGCUGAUCAAAUCGACGAAGUGAUCAUCAAAUACAGUGGCAAUCCGACUUACGCAAUUCGGGAGCUGGAAAACAAACGAAACUACGGCACUCCAUGCGGUGGUCUGGACUACACCGAGAGCGAGGAUUAUAUCAAGGGCUAUACGAAGCCAAUGAUGGAGAUUUUAAGGAAGCGACAGUCGCAACUGCUGCGGGAUAUCGGUCGUUCGAAGAGUUACAGUAAUGGAGUGAAGGAGCCGCCUGACAAUUCCGAAAAUGACAACGACGAAACUAGUGAAGCAAACGUUGAGGAUGGUGAGGAUAAUGUCGAAGACGAUGAAGUAGAUUCGGAAGCAAGCGUCAGUGAAAGUGAAGAAGAUGAGGAAGAAGUUGAAGCAAAUGAAAAAGAAGAAGAGGAACAAGAAUCCGAUGACGCUGCAACGGAAGCCGACUCCGGUAAUGACGAUGUUGAUGGUGAAGAAGAGGAAGAGGAGGAGGAACAAGAGCCAAUUCAUGCGAAGAAAAAAUCAUCUCAGGACAGAAAGGAAGAUCCACGGAAACUGGGUCGAAAACCUGCAGCAGCGCAGCACCCGCUUCGAAAAGUCGAAAGCGACAGUGACUUCAUCAACGAUGCGGAAGAGCUGGAAGAUGCAACGUCGAAUGACAGUGACGUGAUGAAGCGGACGAAGCGCAACGAUCGUCGAAAACAUUUCCAGUCGGAAAGCAGCGAACAGCACGACAGUGACUUCAACGAUCAGGAAAGUUCCGAGUACGACAGCCGUGAUGUGCGCAAUAAAAAGUCCCGUGGGCGACCAAGACUGAAUCGGGUUUCGCCGAUGCCCGGUCAAAAACAAACCUACUCAAAAGCCAACGGUGGCCCAAACACAAAAGUUCCUGUGAUAGCCCGAAAUAAUAAUAACAACAAUAACACGAAACCGUACUACGGUGACGUGGACGAUUCCUCCCAUGAUGUUCCGUUGCAACAGCAUCGGCAGCAGCAGCAACAGCAGCAGCAGCAGAACUACCGACUGGUGAAACGUCGCAAGUCUGGCCUGCGAGAGCGGAUACGGCCGACCGUUCGUAGUAUUAAGUAUCACGAUGCGCUGGAGCAGAAAAAGUCCAAACGAAUUUCCCGAAAGCGCUACUCGCACGAUGAAGAUUACUGCCAUGAGGAGGACGACGCUUCCUGCAGUUCGACCCAAACACUAACAUCGGAGGCUUCCUCGGCUUCGAUUUCCACCACCAGCAUGGGUUCGGACUUUUCCGAGUACCUUCACGCCGGCAGCCCGAAGCGCAAAUCUUCCCGGAAGCGUAAAAUUCGCACCUAUUCCAACAGCAGCCGCUCGGCACUGUCCUCACACUCACGUUCCUCUUCCGUUCACAACGUGGCGGCAGCUACCAAUGGCGGCGGCGGCGGUACCAUGAGAAGCAACGGCAUUUACGGUCACCAUCGGUUCGUCGGGGAUGAUGAUGAAUUUUUCGAUGACGAUGACACCCGAGAUAUGGACUACAGCCCGGUGAAACCGAAACGGGCUCGGAAACUGCCCAACUCCGGGAAAUCGGCCUCACUCAAGAAGAAAUCCAACGAAGGCAAAGGAUCGUUUUCGCUUGUCUAAAUGAUCGUGUUGGCUGGCGUUCGUAUCUUCGCUAUUAAUUUUGUCGAUGGUGAAGUUAGAUGAUAGUAUGGCCGCCCGGCGGAAGCGGUGAUUAUAAGCGGUCACUGUAUUUUUUCCCCGUUUUAGCUGACACUGAAGACGAUACAGUGCUCGUUCGGGUCAAGUUUUACUAAAAAAAAAAGCUCGAGAAAUUCAGUUACUGGAUAAAAGCAUCAUAAUAUAAUCAAACUUUGUGGUACUAUUCAAAGUAUGUGUUUUGAAGCAGUUACUUUUUAAACCUAGAUAAAAUGUGAUUCAGGAAUCAAGAAAAGCUCACCCCAGUACAUACCAUCGAGCGAGCACUGUAUUGCAUUAAACUAGAUUUGUGAGUGGUUGCUGCAUUGGUUAUAAAUUUAGAGAACCAAAAGACUGAUUAACUAUAAUUUUAGACGAAACAGGUUUUGGGAAGUGCUAACGAAUGCGCCAUGCGCAAUAAUCUUCCGCGAUAGCAAGUUGCUAACAUAGCAACAAAAUAGUUUCUUGUCAUAAUGAUUGUGGAAAGCGCGAAAAACCUUCAUCGGAGUUUGAAAUAAAAUUGUUAGUUAAGACAUAGCGAAAUUGCUAUGUAUUGGACUAAUCUAUUCCUUCAUACGUUAUGCUGAAUUGGGGCGCGAUCCAUAUCUAUUCAAAACGCUAGUAACAUACGAACAUCAAGAGGGAACAUGCCAUUUACGUCAUGCUAUUCGAUUCAAAGAGUCUUACACAAACAAUGUCAAACUUUAAACAACCUUAUAACGAUAAACCGCCAUCAAACGUACCCGGGAACAGUGUUAGCAAGUAACGGCACUGUGGAGAAAAUGGAAUGCGAUAUGUCGAAUCUGCUCUCAAGAAGAUAACGGAAUAUAAACUGAAAUGAAGACACAUUAACAAAGAUGUGAACAGUGAACCAACGAUUCUUCGAUCGAUGUUGGAUGGUAAUGAAAUGAUAAUAAGAGGACUCAUGUCAAACAACAGAUUAUGCAAAGGGCAUUCACGCGACUGUGAUAAAUAGAAAAGAAACAGCAGAGCCGAUCGGAGGCGCUAUAUGAGUUGAAUGACAGUUUUAUUGAAAAAAAUCCCCUGGCUAGAAAGCAAUUAAUUUAUUGUGAAGUUUUGAUUGAACAGAGCUUCAUACAUGUUCGGAUUGGGAACAGCUCAACAUUAACAUAACAAUUCGUUCGAAGGUGUGGAAGAACUAUUCGAUGGCGAAAUAUAAGCAAAUUACCAAUUAUUGUUGAUUGUUCGUUAUUUCGUAAAUGAACACCAUGAACUGAUUUUAACUUCUAUCAUUACCCAACUAAAGACAGACAGGGAAAUGAUUGAAAAAUGCAAUAGCAAUAGUAGAAUCUAGCGAAAAAAAAACUGGAUGGGUAAUUCCAGAGACAUAACUGGAUAACGCGAAUAUGAGUAAAAUUGACAUGCUUCCUUAAAACUUCUGAGUAUCAACAAUCGUUCUUGUGUUACUUAGAAAAACACAUCUUUUUUGCCAAAAAUCGAUUUUACUCAUCAUCUCCUUCAAGUUCAAUCAUUCCAACACUUCUCGAUGCCGUGCUUGUACACUCUUACUAGCCGCUACCUAGUUUUGAGUCAAAACCUAUCCAAAUUCAACUAAAGUGCAUCUCUUCAAUUUUAGAUAACGAGUGAUGACCUCAAAAGUUAGGUAAAUGUAAGUUAUGUUGAAAAGUUAUGUCAUGACAAAGCACGCUACCCAUUUUUUACGUUCAAGUCAAAGUUUUAGUAGAUAACGAUCUUAUUUUGGGUAGAUCAUAGAAGAGCUCGACAGUGAGUGAGUUUUCCUCAAAAAAUAGGUAAAGUUGAUUUUCAGGGUAGAAAGAUUUUUCCUUUUCCUCAAAGUAGGCCAUUGGCUUAUGAAUCGGAGCAUUGCCUUGGUGAAACAUUGAAAUGAUCUAACAACUGAUUAAUUUUACCUUUUCAAGAUAGUCGAUGAAGAUUAUACCAUGCCAAAUACGCAAAAUACUAAAACCAUAACCUUUCCAGCUGACUGUUGUGCCCUAUGGACGCUUCUGACGUGUUUCACCGGUUGCAAUCCACUCAGCUGAUGAUCGUUUUGAUUCCGAAGUUAAGUGAUGGAUCCAUGUUUCAUCCAUUGUCACAUGUCGACGCAAUCAUUCUGAAUUAUUACUCAAAAACAUCGCCAAACACUGCUCUGAAUCAUCAACACGUUGUUGUUUUUGAUCGACUAUGAGUAAAUGCGGCACUCACUUCGAACUUCUCAUGGUGCAAUGCUCAUGCAUAAUUGUAAACACACUGCCUUCUGAUAUCUUUACGGCAUCAGCUAUAUUUUAAUUUACGAUUAGAUGUAACCAAUUUGCAGACUUUUUCGAUGUUUUCUGGAGUAACCACCUCAAUUGGACGACCGGAACGUUCACAAUCUGUCUGUUCGGCAACGUUUAAACUCAGCAAGCCAAUAAAAAAUGAUUUUUUUUUUCGAGGGAGCAGUGUCCGGAUAAAACUUGAAGACAUUGCCGAGUUUGUACAGUAUUUUUUGUUAUCAAGAAGCAAUGAUAAAGAAACACACGAAAUGGUUUCGAAUCCAUUGUUUGGAAAAUGACACUUAAAUGGCUGUCAUUUUUUUUUCUGACUAAUCGAAAUGUCAUGAAAUUUCAAACAUAGUCGUUUGAAAGUUGGUACUUCACAAACGUCAUAUAGAUUGGUCAAUGAUAGGGCCAUCUGUAUGUCAGUUACACGACUUAUUGAGUGAUGUGUAAGUGUUUCAAUAGACGAAAAUUUAAAGGUAAUCCUUUGGGAUCGACUUUUGUUUAACAUAGUUACGGCAAAGUAAUUCUGCUUCAUGACAAUGCAAGACUCCAUUUUUCGAAAGUCGUAUAAAUUUAUUUGGAAUCGUUUAGAUAGGAGGUUCUGCGACGACCAACACAUUCACCGGAUAUUGCCCCAUCCGAUUACCAUUUUUUCCGAUCCAUGGCGCAUGGCUUGUUAGAGCAUCACUUCGAAAUAUACAAAAUCGGAUGUAAAGGAAAAGAAUGAUUUCAACGUAGUGUCCAACCUUUUCAGAAAAAUGGAAAAAACAAUAAUGGAUCACGAUGGAGAAUACUUUAAAUAUAGGUACUGUAAUGGUACUCUCUACAAUAAUUAGAAUAAUAUCUUUUCCCACGGUGAUUUUUAGUAAUUUCGAGGAACUGCUAGGCACGAGAUGGCAGUUCAAUUUGAACUGCUUUAAGCACUGACGAGCCGAAGGCGAAACGCAAAGAAAUAGAAACAAAAUAUGUGCUUUUUGCACAAACCAACAAAACCCCUAAAUGUGCUCUGCUUUUCUUAAGAUAGUGAAUUACACCUUAAAAGAACUUAAAAUAAUGCAAUGCUUCUGCUGCAUAAUAUUGUUGAACAUCAUUACCACUUUUUGGCGCGAAAAUGAAUUAAAAGAUUCUUUUAAAUACUGCGUCGUUACACGUUUAAAAUCCAAAGGGCGGAACUAACAGACACAAUACAAUCGCUAGGCCGCACACGGUGCGAAUCGAAUUGAUAAUUUCAAUGGAAGAAAACAUAAAGAAAAUUCUUGGGAAUCGAAUCUUGGUACGUAAAUAAAUGGAAUUGGUGAAUUUUUAUUCUCCUUGAAAUAUUGGUUCGGUACAAUCGAAACUCAAAGUAAAUUAACCAAUAAGCCAUAACCGUCAAUAUUAGACUCCGUUUUAUAGCCCAUCGUUUUUCUUUCAAGUGUCAAUAUGGCGAUUUUUGUACGAAACAUUGAAAUAUCUCGGAAAAUUAUGGUUUGGUCUCUUCAUUCCAAGAAUUCCGUGACCAAUUCUCAUUGAAUGCUUAAGGAGACUUUCGGUCCACGUGCUUUAUCAGAACUAACAUGCAAGAAAUGGUUUCAAAACUUCAGAAGUGGUGAUUUUGAUGUGAGCAACGAGGAAAACCGACGAAAUAUUUUUAAGAUGCCGAAUUUAGGCAAACAAACUCAAACAUAAUUGAUAACAGAAGCAUUGAAUGUUUCACAACCCUUCAAUUUCCGACCGCUUGAGAACCAUAGGAAAAGUGCUUAGGAUGGAAAAAUGGUUACUAUAUGAACUAUAUGACACACUGAAAAUAAAAAAAACGAAAAAGCGCCGAACCAUUUGACAAAUUCUACUGCAGGACAAGGAUGACAUUUUUGCAUCGGAUUGCAGAAAAUCGAUUAGUUCAGAUGAGACAUCAAAUCGAUUCGGCAAAAAGAAAAUGCUCUGCGUUUGGUGGGAUCAUUGUUAGCUACUGAAACCGAGUGAAACUGGUAAUACUACAUACUACAAGUAUCAAAUGAUCAAAAAUUACUUUUUUAGAAUGAUUAGUUAGUAGUUAUUUCAUGCGACUUACUUCCCUGAUUUGGCUUCUUCAGAUUAACACUUGUUUGCGUCGACACACACUCGCACAGCAGCACUUCGUCCACUGCGAUGAAGUCAAGAAGUGGGUCGAUUCUUUCUUCGAAUCGACGUUUUUAGCGAGAAAUCCGUGAAUUAGCAGAAAAAUGGAAAAAAAUGUAGUUAACAAUAAUCAAUAUUAAAAAAAAACAACUUUUCAACUUCUAUGACUACCAUACUGAUUAUGGAAAAGAACAACUAUGCUACUUUCAUAAAACAAAAUUUUUUGAGAGGCGAACCGGUAAAAGAAACCAAAAGAAAAACAAAAUUGGGUAAAUAUUUGAGGGUUGGUUUUCAUUUAGUUAAAUAAUAUCCUCUCAUUUGAUUAAAUGUCGUUUUGAAUAGUUUUACAUGAACAAAUCAUUUCCGCAUUUUCCAUGCUAGCGCUCGUACAGCACCACCAAAACAAUCCAAAAUCCUCUCUCUCUCUUAAGAAAAAUUAAAUUUCGUUCAACCGAAAAACGAAUGACAGCAACCGUCUCACAAAUCAGUUUUGCAGAAGUUAUUUUUUCGCGACUUUGACCGGUGACCGCACCUAAUCAAGCCGCCGCAUCUGCCGUAUGCGCGAACCCAUCACGGUGAUACCAGCACUGCAUAGACACGCGUCCCCUUCAGCUUGAAAACCCCCGCACGUCCCCUCGCUUCUUCCCGCGCCUGGUCCUGUGGGUUGCGCUAGUAGUAGCCUGUUGAUAACGGGGUUCCCGUUGCCCAAAAACAAAAGCCCAAUUACUGCGUGCGGCCCUCCCUAUGGUCGCCAUUCCGUGCACAUUGUGACUGUACUGAUGCUCCUCUACCUGUACCUGUACCUGUACCUGUUAUGUGUCUUGUACCCUACAGGGACAGCGACGGAGACAGCGGGUGCCACCUCGAAAGCUGCUGCUCUACCCGGGAAGGGACCCGGUGUCGUUGCUGGGCUUCGCGGAAGACGCGAUCAUGCCAUUCGAACCUACAGCCGCGGAUAGUUUGGGCAGCGAAGUCACGGCCGGUCGGUGAUCGUCUCGGAUGGAACGACGAUUCCGUGAUAUCGCGCUCCAGGAUAUCGGGGAAGGGCGAAAUGUAUCAUUGUAGGUGUAUAAUAGUGACUUACUUUUAGAUUAUAUGCUUCACCGGUGUUUAGAGAGCAAGUCAGACAGCGGAAAAAAAGAUUUGAUAAAGCAUUGACUAACAACUCAAACCGUACUUGUCCAAUCGGCGAAGCAAUCAAUGUAAAUAAUUGACCCUUUCAUACGUUUUCAUUCAUUAUCCCUUUUUUUACAAACACAGAUUAGUUUUACGAAUCAAUAAUUUAUAGCAAAUCGAUCAUCAAAUUGCGAAAGUUUCAAACAGAUUUUCUGAUUCAAGUUAUUGUUCUGUUUCCAUUUUUUCAAGACAAUUUUUUUUACAUUUGAUUUGAAUGUUUUGACUGUUUUUAAAUCUGAUUUACCAUAAACGGAAUCAAAAUGACAGAAACUUUGUAAGAUAAAGGCUAUACAUUUCAACUGUAUUCCAAUAUUAGUAGAAUAUUAUCAAAGAACAUAUGUAUUUGUAAUACUAGUAACCUACCUAACUGAACAUUUCUCCGACGGGAAACUGCUAGGAAUAUAAAGCAAUUUUAACUCACACCUCUUACCAGUAAAAUACCAACAGCUACUACUAUGUGAAAGCGAGAAAAAUGAAAGUAUUCAAAAUAAACGGAAACCGGGUGCUUGCCAUUCUGUCUCGCUAGACUAAUCAAUUGAUGCAGUAAAAUAUAUAAUAGCGAUUGAAUAACGUUUAGCAGAUGACCAUUUUGUUGGCCGUAGCGUAUCUGAAAUGCUGUCGAUCAACUCGACCAAAAUUGUUUACUACACGAAAAUGGCAUCUUUCACAUUCAUCGGUGCAAAUGUCACUCGUUUUUUUUUGUUCAAUGUGAUGAAAAGUGUAAAAUUACAGCCAGAAUACAAUUGUAAAUAGAGCUAGAUUGAAUGCGACCACAUACCGGAAAAUGAUCUUCAGCUGAAUGUUAUGAAAUCCGACAACUAAUUGUAGUUAGUUUUUUUGGACGUAUUAAAUCAACCAAAAAAAAGUACAUGCUGAGAAUCUCUACUGCAAUGUUCUGUUACGCGUCGUUCCCAUAACAAAAAGCUAACGGUGUAGUAAACUUCAACAAUAAAUAGUUGCGAACUUUUAUGAAAAGUUUGCUAGAUUUAGCAAAUUUUGUAAAUCAUCAGAACCGUUCCCCAUUGUGUCGCAAGAACCAGUAUCAACAUCGUUUUCGUUAAAUAUCAGACGGGAAAUACAAGACUGUGUACCAAAGUGGCAGCGGUCCUGCAAGCCAUGUGCACAAGAAACAACAAGUUUGUGUUUUUCUUUUCCAACUUUACGAACACUGUGCCAAUGGCAGAGAUAGUUUGACCUUCCCCAAACGGCCACAGAAAGUUCUGUUGAAUCCGAUUGUUUUUAUAGGUCGAUAAUAAUUAUGUGAAAUCGUUGAAAUUAUACAUGAGUGAAAACCAUCCUAAACUAAUGUAUUUAAAAUGUGUAACUAAAUAAAUGAAAAAAUGCAUUAUACAACUAUUAAAAAUAUGAAAUAAUAAAUUUAUCGGACAACAAUUCAUUGUAUGAAACCUAUAAAUGAACACAUUUAUUCUGCAGCCUGUAUUAUAGUUAAGCCAGUAGAAAAGAAUUAUCGAUCAAAUACUAUUAUCAAGCUAAAAUGUGGUGAAACUGAAACAAAUAAAUCAGAGUUAUAAUAAAUAA